ACACACACAGUCGGACAGCCGCGCGCUCAGACUCAGCGGAACUAGUUGUUGAGAGUAGCCCAGAGAGAAAGAGAGCGCGCGCAGCAACACAUUGUUACAGCCAGAGCAGCAGCUGAAGGAAAUAUUCACCUGUGCGCUGCCAGGACGAAUUCAAAAGGAUUUUCAUUCAUUUUAGCUGACUUUCGUCUUAAAGGCGCAGUGAGGGACGCAAACAAGAAUCUCGGAGCCCUCGUCUGUCCUGUAGCCGAACAAGUUUUUUUUUGUGUGUGCCUUGAUUGAGUGACACUAACCGCAUCUUAAGGUGUUGUUUCGAUUUUUGCAAGAGACAGCGCUCCUGGUUUCAUUGAGAGGACCCGUGAUCGACCAUGGCGAGACAGGACGCCCGAAAUUGGCCUGACUGCUCAAAAAUGAUAGGACUGCUCUUCUUGGUCGCGGCGAUACUUAUUCAACACGGAGUGUCAGGUCAGCGGGUGAAGGUAGAGCCAGAAGUGUCGUCAUAUCCUGGCCAGACAGUCAACCUACGCUGUGCAUUUACUGAUGCCACUGGGAUUCAGCUCACAAUGGUCACGUGGAUCUACGAGCCGAAGGAUGGAGAAAGGAUCAACAUCGCUGUGUUUCACCCCAACUUUGAUCCCAACUACCCCGACUCACCAGUGAAGGGCAGAGUCACCUUUACACCCAGUCCCCCAAACCUGGCCAGUCCCUCAAUCCAGAUAAGCGGAGUUAGGAUGACCGAUGAGGGAAAGUACAUCUGCGAGUAUGCUACCUACCCCAGUGGCAACGAGCAAGGCAUAACAUAUCUGGUCAUGCUGGCUAAGCCUCAGAACUCAGCCUCCAUCGUAACAGUGGAAGCAGGCACUAAUCCGGUUGUUGUGGCACGCUGCGAUUCUAUGGAUGGCCGCCCCGCUGCCCAGAUCUCCUGGGUGACCACAGCCAAUGGCAAUGCGACAACAGUGUCUAAACCGGGUGCCAACAACACUGUGACAGUGAGCAGCGAGUACCUUAUGGUUCCCACAGCAGCAGACAACGGGAAAGACAUCAGCUGUGUGGUGGUGCACAGGACACAGGACAAAGCAGAGAGCUUCCCACUGAAGCUAGCCAUUCAAUACGCCCCUCAGGUGACAAUAGUGGGUUAUGACAAUAAUUGGUACUUGGGUCGUACAAAUGUAGUGCUCACCUGCCAGGCUACCGGAAACCCCAUUCCGAUCUCUGCCCAAUGGAAGACUAUGUCUGGAGAGAUGCCAGACACGGUGCAGAUCACAGGCAACGAGCUGAAGAUACUGAAAGUAGAUGAUGCCGUCAACACCACUUUUGUCUGUGAGGUCAAUAACCGCAUUGGGACCGGCAGGGACCAGGUCACAGCCAUGGUCAGAGAGCCCUCAGUGAACCCAUCCAAUGCCGGCGUUGUGGCGGGAGCCGUGAUUGGCUCCCUGCUGGCCCUCCUUUUGGUCGCCGCUCUCAUCGCUGUUCUUGUCACCCGUAGCCGCAGGCAACAGCAGGGUUACCGUGCCAAUGGCGGCAGUGACAUGAAGACACGCAUAUUUGGCGGCGGCAAGAAGGCCAGCAAGAACGGCACAGGUGGAGGCGCAGGCAGUGGUGGCGUUGGAGGUGGUAACAACAACGGCCCCAUGUUACUUUACAACGAGAGCACAUCCCACCAGGGCCUUGGUGAGAAAAACAACCACCACCAGCCGCUCACCAUGGGGGGUCGGCCUGAAGUUGUUGCCACUACGCCCACUGCCCAAGAUAUCCUGCUAAGCAAUGAAUUAGAUGAUGCAGAAAGGAGGAAGUUUGAUGAGCUGGAGGAGGAGGAGGAGAGGUAUGACCACUUCACUGGAGGGGCCCCCAUCCUUCAGCUUCGUCCACCGCAUGACCAGGAUGAUAUUAUUGGAGAUUACCUGGAUGAUGACAUGGAGUCCCAGCGGGAUGGUUCUGUCAUCUCACGGACUGCUGUCUACGUAUAGAGGAGGAGGAGGAGGAGGAGGAGGAGGAGGGGGAAAGGAGGAGGAUAAAAAGGAGGGAUGGAGGAUUCCUCCCUAGGAUUUUGUGGCUCCAGGGUGUCAUCCCUGUCUGAUAGAGAAGAAAAAAUAAUACCACUUUUAUUUUUUGAAAAUUGAUUUUAAAUAUAGCCAAUUAUUAAUCACAGUGCAGCCCGAGAAUGGGCUGAAUGGGCUGAAUGAACAGGAGGAGGGUGUGGUGGGAUGUUCAGAUAGGAGUGUUGUUAUCUGGUCCCAACAGAACUGAAAAUCAAACGGAGAAAAGAAACAACCUGGCUGCCACCGCUUCUGCUCAUGCUAUCGCUAUCACUGAGACCUUGACAAGGACUCUUGACAGACAGACUAAAAGAGAGAAACUAUGUAAUGUGGGAAUGGGAUAAUGGAAUCAUGAUACAAGCUUGGCUAUAGAGAAGGCAACUCACUUGCAUAUUCACUCUUAUCUUUACCAAAACAGUAGAAGUGUAAGAGGUUGUCAAGCAGUUACGUGUUGCCUACUAUUGUCAGUCCUCCUGUGGGAAACCUUUUGUUUUGAUAACAUGUUGUGCUGUGACAGCUUGUGGGUAGUUAGCAGCUAGUGAUGAGUUGGGAACGAAAACAUUUGAAGGUAUAGGCAGUAACCAUCAGGUAAUUCAGAAAAAAGAGCAACGUAUACACUCACGUCUUACUGGCGAGUUUUCAUUUCCGCUCUCUGCCUUCCUUUCAAACUUAAAAAAAAAUCACUGCAAACUAUCAGCAAAAGUAGACAGUCUUGAAUUUAAAAUCUAAAAAAGAACAUAAGGUCCUUUUAUAUGCGGCACAAAUACAAGAGCAGCUGUAUUUAACAAAGAAAGUUUGCAGAGAGUUUGAACUAAGUUCUUAACAAGGUAUUCCCAUACAAACUUUUGUACUGUGCCUGGAGGUAAGAGACAGUAAACAAGAGAUGAGGGAAUGAGGUGUAGCCGAUCUGACAGGGUCAAGGGAUGGAGAGGGGGAGAUGUGGGAGGCAGGAGGACUAGAGAGGAGGAAGUCUGUUCUUUUCUAUUCUUCCUCAUCCCCGUCUCUUCAGAGUCCUCCUGACAGGAGGAGCUUGAUUGGUAAUGAGCCGUGAAGUCGCUCGCUUAGCUGGGACAAACAGAUUGCCACCACUUAUCGUUUAUGACGUGGUGAUUCCUCCCGCUCCCACCUCUAUCUCUCUAUCAUCCCUCCAUCUCUCUCUCUCUCUCUCUCUCUUUCUUCAUCCCUCGCCCCCAGCAUUUAUGGGGAGUGUAUGAUUUAUCCGGGGCAGUGUCGAGGUCACGGCCACAGAGAGCAGGGGAGUAUUUUACUGCUCCUGAUGUGUCAAACGCCCCACUUACUCUAUUCCAGCCCCAGCCUGCCCUGACAUGCCAGGACUGACUAAUCCACCUAGAGUGGCCAUGUUCACUCCACUGCAUGGACGCUACUGCCUCCUCCCAUACUUAGUACCUCGCGUCCAAAGUAGCCUAUGACCACAUUAUGGUUAAAUAGGUUUUCAAUGAGAUCAUCUAAUAUUUGUUUCAAUUAGCAGAUGUUUUUUAAUAUAGUGAACAGAUCAGGAGACACAAGGUUGUGUCCACAGCAAAGCUAUGGGAGUCAUAUUGACUAACAGGCAACAAGCGGUGAACUGGCCCUUUUUAUGAUGCAGCUUCAGGGCUGAUUGUCUCCUGACUGUUAUUUUAUCCUUCUAACGAGCCACUCGUGGCUAUUGUACACUGCUUUCUUUGUGGCUCAGUGCGUACAUUUUCAUGCGUCACUAUAUCUAUGUAGCCACUGGAUGACUGUGAUGGACAAUCUUGGAGAGAGGCCUCACUGUAGCUCCUCUAAUCAUGCUUUUCCUGAUCUUCUAACCAAUUUCCCUCUGACCCACUGAGAAAUCUGGUGAAUGCGGCUCUCUAUGACUGUACUGACCUCUUGUAGGGCUCAGCUAAGAUCUGGGUUGCAGUUUGCUGCAGGUCAUGAGGUCAAAUGCUGGGUGACCCAUUGCCAUGGGCACGGAUUAUUUCGCUUGCCCCAUUUCUUAUCAUAGCUGCUUUUAACCUUGAACUGUAGAGCUGAGAAACCGUUGCAUAUAGUAGAAGUAUCUGUAUCAGGUCAGACAGUCCUUGUUUGCCAUUGUGAUGGCUGUUAACCUUCAGAGAGGCGGAGAGAGACACAGGAGGCAGAUGACAAAAACAGACAGCGUUUAGUGUUUGAGCACUGUCUAGCAUAUUGUAAGCCAGUGUGUUCAAUAGGAUUAUCGUGUAAUGGCCUUAGCUUAUACAUGAAUGGAACACCUGUCAACCUGGGGUACAGUAAAUUUGCUGAACACAGCUGAUUUGUCACAACCACUCAAAAUAAAAAUGUAUUACUUACUUUUGCACUCGUGUGUGUCACAGCGACAAAAAGAAGUGAGUGAAAUACUUCUUGGGGUAAAAAUGGAGAUACGGGACAAAAAUGUUGUAUGUACAUUUUGGUGUGAGGUAUCUGUGUACUAUAUAUAUAUAUAUAUGUAAGCAUCUUUAUUUUUCUUGUGAAAAUGUGGAUAUUUAUCAAAAUGUAAAUAUCAGAUCGAUGGAGCCAGUGUUGCCAGUGUUGUGGAAAUAAAGAGGAAGGUCGUCUAAGCCUGAAGUUCAAAUGUCUCAGAGGGCAUUCAGAAUGUAAUUUUUAAUCUAAUGAAUACCUUGGUGGUUUGGGUAUACUGAACUGUCUGAGCAGAGUUUACUUAAAGCCUAAGAGUUGUAUUGGGGAUGAGGAAAAAUUAUAUAAUCUUGUAUAAUGUUUUUUUGUUCAAGUUAGCAUUCCUUACAUUGCCACAUAAUAAGCACACACUAUUUCUUUUUUUUUUGCACAAUUGGCUUCUCCCUCUCCUUGACAGGCACCCUGCAGAAUGCAAAAAUACUCAUAAUUUAUCAGGUAGACCGUAACCACACAAGCGACGGUCUGUGUUGUGUCUGAGUCAGCGCUGUGUGUGUGUGUGUGUAGGUGUGUAGGUGUGUGUCAGUGCAUAUUUCCAUGAUGCUCGGACGCUUUGGGACAUCUCUCACUGCCAUUGGGGCUGUAACCUGAGUAUCUACCCCUUUGUCACCAUAGAACACUGGCAAACUGAAGAUAUUAUUGUGCAUUUCGAAGACACUCACUCGUGCACACAUACUAUACAUAUACAUACGCAGAAUGCAGAGAAACAUUCGCCCACACACAAACACCCCUCAGUCACUCUCAUUAUGCUCACUCCCACAGCCAAACUGUGCAGAAGACACCUCAUACCUGACAACCCUGCCAUCUCCUGACAUAAGCCCACACAAAAAUGUGCUUGCAUAGCUGCACACAAACUCACACGAAGACACUUCUUCUUUCUCCUCUUCUUGCUCAGUGGCUCUGUCAGGACAUAUACCAUGUCCUGUUACUGUGGAAAGAGCCACAGCGCGAUGUGUCCCCUGCUCCACUACUUUCUGCUCCCCAAAUAGUCCCACCCGUUCCCGAAUCAGUGACCAUGUAGAGCAGAGAAGACUGCACAUUCAGGGACACGCCUUUCACCCAGUGUCAGAGAAACAGUCUUUUUAGGAAACUGUUUGUCCGUUGCGCCUUUUGUUCUACAUAGGAAAUAUAGCUUUCAUAAAAAUGCCACUGCUCUGACCUCCUCCCCCUCACGGAUCUCUUUGAAUGCUUUUAGAGAGUGGCAACUUCCUACUCCUCUCCAAAAUGUUGUUUUUGACUUCUCUCACCUCCGCCACCACGACCGCCUCCACAGACACUGGCACACCGUUGCCACCCACUGAGGCACCCAAGUAAGGCUUGUCAGACAAAAUGCUUUUAGAGAAAUCCAUGAUCCUGGCCCGGGGUCUAGCACAAGGUUGGAUAGUCAAAAUACCCAAUACUUUUCUUUUCUAGGAAGCCACAUACUGUUGCUAUUUCUUUGGCUCCAAACAUCUGAUGACUAAUCAAAGCCUUAACAUCUCCCAUCUCACUCACACACACACAAAAAAGAGAAAACCUUCCUGUGUACAUAGUAUAAAUAUAUAAAUAUGUAGCAGAGUAAAAGAAUUACUAAUUUAUGGUGUCACGUUUGUGUAUUUCUCAGUGACAGCAAGCAUGAAGGAUUUAUUUUCUCCUAUUACAGUUUCUCCUCUUUUCUGUUAUUUUGCAGUGCUUUAUAAUUUAUGUUUUCUGAGUGCUUUAUUCUUGACUGCUGAGCUGUGAUUGCUGCCAAAACUGGCAAAUGUGCUUCUUCUAUACAAAUGAACUGUACACACAACAAAACAGACAAAACAGUCUUAUCCUAAAAUGUGCUUUUUAUUAUUGACUGCUCUGUGUAAAAGUUGUUGGGUUUUUAUUUUCUUUUUUGUAUUUUUAAUUUCAAAUUUGUUUUAGUCUUUGAAAAAAAAGCAGAUUUCAAAUUGUUGUCACCAUUUUGUUGUGUCUUUCUAAAUUUUUUUUGUAUUUGGUUGCUAUUAAAGAUUCCUUGAUUUUUGAAAUGUU